GACUUACUUGUUUGCUUUUUCCAGGUACGGUGCAGAAAUAAUCCUGCGAAAACGGCUCGAAACUUAUCUGGCGCAGCACAAGUCCUCUUCCAUUCCAGUCGUUUGCGUGGUUUUGGACGGAGCGUUCACAUCAAAGUUCGUUCACGACUAGAUCACAUCCUGGCACCCUUAUUCGUGUUGCGAAAGGCUGAUGGCAUUUACUUAUUCAACAAUCAUCAGCUUGAAUUGAAUGCUGCAGCACUUAUGUUGACCCUGCAAUGCUUUCUACUUCUUUACAGUACUCCUCGCAUUCCUGUCGUCGUUUGUGAUGGAAGUGGGCGAGCGGCUGACCUCUUGGCGUUCACACAUCAUGUAGUUGGGACGACGGGAAAACUAACCGACUCGGUCCGCAACCAGCUCAUGUCUUUGGUGGAGAUGGUGUUCAACUAUGACGAGAAGAACGCCGCUCGAGUUGUUCGUCAGCUUAUUGCUUGCGCUCGCCAGAGAAAUCUGAUGACCGUAUUCCGUCUGGGUGAACAACGUCAAGAGGUCGAUCACGCAAUUCUGACCGCUUUGCUGAAAGGACAGAACCUCAGCUCACCCGAGCAAUUGCAAUUGGCUCUAGCGUGGAACCGGGCUGAUAUCGCUCGGUCGGAAAUUUUCACGCUGGGAACGGAAUGGAGCACUCAAGAUCUACACAACGCGAUGAUGGAAGCGCUAUGUCACGAUCGAACGGAUUUCGUCCAACUGCUUCUGGAGAAUGGCGUUUCCAUGCAUCGAUUUUUAACUUAUGGUCGUCUAGAACACCUCUAUAAUACAGACAAAGGACCUCCACACACCCUUCGCUCAAAGAUGGGAAUUACGUUGAAGAAAAACCAUCGGAUAAGACUGCCUGAAGUUGGUCAUGCAAUGGAAGAUCUCAUGGGGCAUGCCUACAAAUCGAACUACACUAAGGAAGAUUUCAAAGCGAAGUACUUUGUGUUCUCCAAUCGAAGACAGCUCGGCUAUCAGAAACCUGAUCCUAAACGAAUGCGCUCGGAGAAUCUCAAAGAGGACAAAGAAGCCGACCAUUCCUUAAGAAUGGAUCUACUUCAUACGGCCCGUAAUUCUAUAAUAUCGAUUUUCGGUGGACGACAUCAGAACGAGGAUGACGAUGAUGAUUUCUUAAAUAAUGAGGACGAUUCGUUGGAUUUCACCUUCAAAUAUCCAUAUUCUGAACUGCUCAUCUGGGCGGUGCUAACCAAGCGUCACAACAUGGCGAUGCUCAUGUGGAAACACGGCGAGGAGGCGAUGGCCAAGGCACUGGUGGCUUGCAGACUCUUUGACUCGCUUGCACAUGAUGCCUCGCAUAAUUAUUUGGAGCUGGAAAUCUGCGAAGAAUUGAGGAGGAACAGCGAUUGUCGAUCGAAGCUCUACAGUACUGUACUGAACAGGACAAGGACAUCACUCUGCAACUUUCUCACCUACGAGUUGACUAAUUGGGGAAACGAGACCUGCCUUUCAUUAGCUGCUCUGAACAACAAUCGACAAUUUUUGGCUCAUCCAUGCUGUCAACUUCUUCUCUCGGAUCUCUGGCAAGGUGGACUUCACAUGAGAAACAAUGCCAACCUCAAGGUCCUCGGCUCCUUACUUAUGCCGGCCAUGAUCUUCAUGAUGGAAUACAAGACGAAGGAGGAGCUGAUGCUCCAACCCCAUACAUUUGCUGAACAUCUCGAAGAGAAUUCGGACAGUGAUUCUUCGCUCAGUGACGACACCAGUUUCAGUGACAGUAGCUCCAGCGAGACUGAGGAGGAAGUGCAUACCGAGAAAGUGGCACGACAACGUGCUGGAAGUGAUAAGGAACCAGUUCCGCUCAGUUUUCAACAGAUUUAG